CGUGCCUGCGCUGGAAAGGCCUUUUCCUCUUUGUAUUUUCUGAAGGAAUUGCUACUUCUUUGUUCACAUCAUCUGCUGUUUGCACACAAUGAGCUUUGCGGAGGGAGAGGGGGAUGGGAGGGAGAGAGAGACAGAAAGAGAGAGGGCAGAGAGGGAGAGAACAUAGGCAGAAGGACACGAGGGGCUUGAGAGCAAUCUCGCAAGGAAGUCUCUGUGGUUUCGAUCGGGCGAGCUUUGUGUGAACAGGUAGGCCAUGGAGCCUGUGCAAGUCUUGAUUUGGAGGAACUCGAGCGACUGCCACAUGCUGCCUCUGCUCCACCCGUUGUUUCCAUGGCUUGCGGUUUAAGGAAGGACGUAGGAAAGGAUGGAUAGAAGGGCGAUGGCUGCCCAUAGGCUUAGUUUGUCCACUUAAGGUUUUCGCUGGCUCGACGCCUCGCGAGUGAAUUGUGCAUCCGUCGAUUUCAUUCCUCGUGCUCUGGGAGCUCUGAUUCGGUCCUGUCUUUGUCGCCGCAAUUUUCCUCAAACUGGCUGAUCCGACGACGGGUGUCAACAUAAAUGGCUAUGUUCGGGUCUAGCAGCCCUUUUGGGGCUUCAUCACCUUCCCCGUUCGGAGGAACAACGGCUUCCUCCAAUCCAUUUGGUACAACUGGACAAAGUAAUCCAUUUGGUGUAACCCAGGCUGCAAAUCCCUUCGGUGCAAAACCAUUCGGAACCUCCCCUUUCGGUCAGACAGGGGGUUCUCUGUUUGGUAGUGGAACUGCCACAGGAGUCUUUGGUUCAACACAGCCUGCAGGGUUUGGAGCUUCGUCUUCAGCGUUUGGUGCUUCGGCUUCAGCGCCUGCUUUUGGAAGCACCGCGUCUCCUUUCGGAAGUGGGGCUCCUGUCUUUGGUCAAAAACCAGCGGGUGCAUUUGGAGGGUUUGGAACAACUCCAGCUCAAGCAAAUCCGUUUGGAACUCCUUUCGGCCAGACUCAAGCUGCAUUCGGCAGUCAGCCAUUUGGUUCAACACCUUCAGCAUUUGGUGCAGCAUCAGCCCCUGCGUUUGGAACAACACCAACUACAGCAUUUGGCAGCAGUGCACCUGCCUUCGGUGCUUCUUCUGCCCCUGCAUUUGGCGCAACGACGUCUACCCCCUUCGGUUCAUCAGCGCCUGCCUUUGGCAGCAAUUCUGUCUUUGGCCAAACAGCGUCAGCAUUUGGGGCCAGUUCGAGUUCAGCUUUUGGCAGUAGUUUUGGUGCUCCAGCAGCUUCUCCAUUUGGUGCCCCAAGCGGCUCUGCUUUUGGUGCAUCAGCUUCUCCAAGUUUUGGAGCCACAAGCUUUGGAGCAUCUCCAUUUGGCGGACAACGAGUUGGGAGCAGAGUUGCUGCUUACGCGGUAACCAAUGACCCAGAUGUGGGAGUUGGCGGACAGACUGGGAAGUUCAUGUCAAUAUCUGCCAUGGCUGCCUACAGCAGCAAAAGUCCGGAAGAGCUUAGAUGGGAGGAUUAUCAAGCGGGAGAUAAAGGUGGACCGAAUCCUACCGCACAGCAACCCGCCACUGGAGGCAUUUUUGGUCAAAGUACCCCACAAAGUCCAUUUGGGGCCUCUACAGGUGGAUUCGGCCAACAACAACAAACUUCUGCUCCAAAUCCUUUUGCGACGCCGGCUACGCCAAGCAUAUUUGGACAAAAGCCAGUGACUGGCUUUGGUGCAUCUUCUGGCUCUGCUUUUGGGGCCUCCUCUGCCCCAGCUUUCGGUCAAGCCUUUGGCCAGACUCAAUCUCCAUUUGCUUCACCUUCAACCGGCUCUGCCUUUGGGCAAGCCAGCGCUUCUGCAUUUGGCGCAUCAUCACCAUCGCCCUUUGGUGCCGCAAGCGGUGCUGCAUUUGGGUCAACUGGUUUUGGUUCGGCUCCAUUGGGUACUUCUGCAUUUGGCGGCGCUGCUCCUUUUACAGGGUCAGCAUUCACCAAUCUCAGCUCACCUGCCACCCUUGGAUCUUCCUCGCCGUUUGGAUCCGCAGGCUUCUUCGGGCAGUCACAACCCGCCGGAGCCUUGUUCGCAACACCCUCGUCGCAGGGUUUUGGAACUUCAGCUCCGGCCUUCGGCGCGAGUAAUUCAUCAUUCGGAACUAACAUCUUCAACACCGGUGGCACAGCAUCUAUCUUUUCGCAGACUAAACCUGCUGGUUUAACUCAAUCAACUUCUCCCUCACCUUUUAGCAACUUUGGACAGACUACGUCUGCGCAGCCGUCGUUCAGCUUUCCCAGUUUCCAGGCAUCACAACCAGGAGGGAGCAGCAUUUUCAACGGUUCUUCAGGGUUGGCUUUUGGUCAAAAUGCAUUUGCGCAACCACAGCCUGCAAAUAAUGUUAUGAUGGCUAUGCCCCAGCCAGUAACCAAUCCAUUUGGGACACUUCCCGCCAUGCCUCAGAUGUCGAUAGGGCGCAGCGCAGGCUCUGGGCCUUCUGUGCAAUAUGGAAUCUCUAGUAUGCCGGUGUCUGACAAGCCUACACAAGUGCGAACUACUUCGCUUUUGACACCAAGGCAUAUUACCCAGCGAUCGAAGAUUAGGAUGCAUGCUAGGAGGUAUCAUCCCAAAAAAGACAGUCCCAAAGUAUCGUUCUUCAGCGAUGGUGAGGAAACUCCGUCCACGCCCAAAGCGGAUGUACUAUUUGUUCCCCGAGAGAACCCCCGUGCUUUGUUCAUCCGACAGCCCGAGCAGACCCUGCCUGCCUCGACUCCUGUCAAAGGGACGCCAGAUGCCAGAGAUAUCGCGACACCCUUGCACAGAAAUGGUGAAGAGGUCGAAGAUCAGGAAGCAUCAAUGGGUCCCAACUCCUCUCCUCCAGACCCUGAAAGUCCACUUGAAAGCUGGCCCAAUUCCGAUGUGGGAGAUACGAAUCUCCACACUCCCCCUUCAGCAACCAAACCUGCUGAGAAAGGACCCACUAUAAAAUCUAUUUCAAAAGUGAAUGGUGUAAGAGAAGAGCACAAUCACCGAGGCAAUGGGUAUAUUUCUAUCACCGGCCAUAGAGCCGGUGAAGCUGCUAUUGCGUACGAACACGGAGCGGACAUUGAAGCUUUGAUGCCCAAGUUACGUCAUUCAGACUACUUUACGGAGCCAAGGAUCCAAGAGCUGGCUGCCAAAGAGCGUGCUGAACCUGGUUAUUGUCGGCGAGUGCACGACUUUGUGGUGGGAAGAAGGGCUUAUGGUGCUGUUAAGUUUUUGGGAGAUACAGACGUUAGACGUCUAGAUCUUGAGAGCAUCAUUCAGUUCAAUAAGUGUGAGGUGUUGGUGUACAUGGACGAGAGCAGGAAGCCUCCUGUGGGACAACAGCUGAACAAGCCAGCCGAAGUAACUCUUUUGAAUGUAAAAUGUGUCGACAAGAAAACGGGUCAGCAUUUCACAGAAGGUACUGAGGUUGAAAAAUUUGAAAAGAGACUGAAGAAGAAAACUGAGGAGCAGGGUGCCGAGUUUAUAUCCUAUGACGCUCUGAAAGGAGAAUGGAAGUUUCAAGUGAAGCACUUCAGCAGGUAUGGGCUGGAUGAUUCGGAUGAGGAAGAAACUCCACAGCCCGGCUCAAGCAGAGCCUUAGCACUUACAGGAACCGAUAUGAUGGAGGGAGUAGAGGGAGGUUCUGGAGACUUUUUGCCAAAAAGUCCUGAGCUUGGUGAGGAAGUCGCGGAAAUUGACGAAGAUGACGAGGGACCUUAUGAAACUCACAGCGUUGCACCACAGGCGGCGCUCCCUCAUUCGCUUCCUUCUCAGCUCAGACUUGAUCCUCUGAAAAUGCAGCAAAUGAGGGCACUGUUCUUCCCUUUGGGUGAAGAAGAUGAGCCUGCAUUGUCAGGGCUCACUGUCAAGCCGCGAACGGCUUACACUAGACAGACGGGAACUUUACCAAAGUCUAAGAUCGCAACGAGCGGGGAGAAGGUUAUCCAAGAUAGUCGAGAGGAAGGAGUUCGAGCUGCUUGGCCUCAUCGUUCACCUUGGAAAGGUGGUCCAACAAAGCAAAUGAGACUGAGCCCGCACAAUUCAUGGAAGCCGUCUUCACCAUACUCACCUGUACCAGCAAGCGUUCAGAGUAGACCGUUUGUUUGGGGAAGUGAUUUAGAAAUCUCACCAGUAGGAAACGGAAUCAUUUUAGCCUUGCCUAGUGCUGAUGAUGUAAGUUGUGCAAACAAGCAUAAAGAUGUGGGAUUCAGCAUCGAGUUCGACAAGUUGUCUGAGUCUGUUGUUGCCGGACGGUAUGAUCACAUCGUGGAUGCCGGUUUGUUUUUUGGAAGGUCCUUUCGGGUAGGAUGGGGUCCGAAUGGGAUGCUUGUCCACAGCGGAUCCCCUGUAACAAAUGAGGGUAAACACUUUGUCUUAUCCUCAAACUUUCACAUGGAGAAAGUCGCUUUGGAUAGCACAAUUAGAGAUGACGAAGGACAGGUUGUGGACGAGCUUGUUCAACUGCAGUUUGUUUCUCCUCUUACUCUACAUAUGACAAUGAGCAAGGUUGUGGACUACCGGCAAGAUGCAAUGAGUGAGCGCUUGAAGUUAAGGAAAGUGGUUUGCACUCGGGCCGAACUUUCUAGGAUUUGUGAUGAAUACGAAGAUCUAAUUUACAAGCAGCAUGGGGUUAAAGGGCUUCCAGGUGGCUAUCAGCUUGUGCUUCGACAUCAGGUAAUGGUCUGGCAGCUCCUUGACGUCCUCUUUUCAGAAAGAGAAGAUGGAGCCUCUGCCAGAGUUGACGAGGUUCAAGACGAAUCUGCAGGGACUGCGAAGGCUGAGGAGGCCAGCGAAUUAGCCGCGGACCCUGAUACAGAACUUCUGGGUAGAAGAGCCGAGUUCAGCAGGUGGUUGCAGACUAGUGUAAGUCACCUUGUCCAGGAAGACUUGAGGCUCAUGGAGGAAGAGGAUGAGAUGAAGGAAAUCUUCUUUCUGUUGACGGGACGACAAGUGGACGCAGCUGUUUUGAAGGCUUCCUUUCGAGGUGAUGUUCGUCUGGCUUGUUUAUUAAGUCAAGCAGGCGGAUCGGUCAUGAAUCGUAUCGACAUCGCUACCCAACUCGAUGUGUGGACAUCGGAAGGACUAGACCUCUCUCUUAUAGAGGAUGAACGACUUAAUGUGUACAAACUGCUUGCAGGAGAUGUUUGGGGUGCUCUCGAUAACCACAAUAUCGACUGGAAACGGUUUUUGGGACUGCUGAUGUGGUAUCAGCUACCUCCUGAUACCGAUCUUCCUACCAUUAUAAGCACCUAUCAGGAGCUCAUAGUGGAAAAUAAACUCCCGUUGCCUAUUCCAAUGUACCAAGAAGAGGGAGAGUACACCGAUGCCAAUGAAAUUGAACUUUAUGACACUUCUUACUAUCUCAUGCUACUUCAUGCAUCGAAAAAGAAACAGUUUGAUGAUACCAAGAAGAUGCUGUCAUCAGCGUCCACAACUUUUGACAGGUUGGACCACAGACUAGCUUGGCAUCAGCAAGGGUUUUUGGAAGCGGUACAUGCUCUAGAGCCUUUGGAACUUCAUGAGCUGCACAUGAACUUUGCAGCCCAGCUCCUUGCCGCAGGGGUUUGCCACUGGGCAAUAUAUGUUGUCCUGCAUAUACCAGCCAAUCCCGAGUUCCCUGGAUUACACGAGAAAGUAAUCAAGGAGAUACUUUGCCAGUACUGUGAGUCGUGGAGUAACUCCUCUGUGCAACAGACCUUUCUGGAGCAAGAACUGGGUAUUCCUGCUGAAUGGUUACAUGGAGCCCAGGCUGUCUACUUCCAUUAUGUGGGUGACUCGAAGCUGGAACUUGAGCACCUGAUGAAGAGUCAUCAGUGGCACUGUGCUCAAACUCUUUUCAUGACCGAUGUGGCUGCUACGAUGUUCAUAAACGCUGAGCAUUCAGAUGUAUGGAGACUCGUAAGCCAGCUUGAGCACAAUAAAGCAGAUCUGGAAAACUUUGAGUUAGGUGCCGGAAUUUUUUUUGAUUUUUAUAAUCUCAAGACCAAUCUGUCGAGUGAGGAUGACGUAAUGGAAGAGAUGGAUACACUUGAGAAGCAGACAAGUGCUUGCAAAGCGUUCUUUUUAAGGCUGAAGGAGUCAGAACGCCUGUGGAAUAGAAAGGUUCCCAAGAAUCUGAGGCUGGCAUAUUCACAGAUGGCAGACGACUUAGCAAUACUUUUGUUGGCAGAAAGCAAAGUCAGGGCUUUGGAUAAUUCUGAAGAGCUAAAGAGCUAUGACGCGGUCCUAGAUGCACCGUUACCCGAGCACGUGAAGGCCUGUAGGCUUCAGGGAGCUGUUUCUGCGUUUACAUCAUGGCUGUCUGAGACUGCUGUGUGAAUGCUUUGGAUGCGAUUUAGUCUGGUUGAGCGGAAGAGGCAGUCCACGUGAACUUUCCUCAGUCUGGUUCUUCAAGACAGUAGUGUGGUGGUCUCACUCCUGAUACGGAAUGCUAUGACUGAUACAUGAGGCUGUAGAGAUGGGUUCAGGUAUAGGUUCAUAUGUAGAUUGAUAGAGGAUGCUUGCUGGCUCUCAUUUCUGGUCUUGUUGUCAUUAUUCGCAGUUUGGUUUGCCAGCCACGCAUUCAGUCAGAGUUUCUUAUCAAGCAUGCGGGAAGUAGGUUGCGGAAAAAACGUAAAAAGGAGUUCUAUUUUGCCUUUGUGCUAUAGAGCGGGGUGUAGAGAGCACACUGGUUAUUCCCCUUUACUGACAGUAUGUAUGAAUUGGAAAUUGUGUACUAAGAGUGUAGGUUGAUUAUUUUGUUCAGCUCCUCAAAAGGAAUCCGACCAUCGGUGUAAGCUUCCUGUGAAUGUAGUCCAUGAGGACUCGAGUUAUUUGUAUUUCCCCGAGAGGGAGUAUAUAAGGAGGGUUCAAUUCGUGGCUGCUUUGAUGUGGACGACACUAUACUCGGACUGGAGUUGAUUCCUCAAUUCUGCUGUUAUUAAAAGUGCCG